AUGCUAGGAGGCAACAUCCAACUGAUUCUGUGCUCUGUGUUGACUUGGACAAAGGCUACCCUCUUCCAGACAUACUAUACUGCAGAUACUGACUUAGAUGACAAAGUAUUUUAUGAUUCUCUUCUAUCAGCACAUGAGUCUGACUCUCUAACUUUAUGUUCCACUAUGUGUGGUGAAAACUGUAAUUGUCUUGGCUACAACUCCCAGAGAAAGAGGUGUCGUCUUUAUAAAUCAUGUGAUUCUGUGAAUGUAACAGAUUAUGAAGCGGGCUGGACGUAUUACAGAUCAGUGUUGAAAGGAGAGGGUUGGCUGUUAUACAGAACACAUCAUUACUUACUUAUCAAGAAUAGAAACACAUGGCACAACGCAAAGAAAGAGUGUGAAAAGCUAGGGGCCUACUUGGUUACCAUAGAGACAGAGGAAGAAAAUUCAUGGCUAACAGAAAUGUUUCUGCCAGCCUGGGAUCCUGGGCAUACAAAAGGACCCCGAAAACUGCAGAGGUGGGAUCAGGUGCCUAGAAAGAGUAAGCAAGUGGAAUGCAGUCCAUGGUGGGAUUGUUGUUCACAUUGGAUUGGUGCAAACGAUAUUGCCCAGGAGGGGAGAUUCGUCUGGACAGAAACCAACCGUGACGUCACUUCUUACUCCAACUGGCAUCCAAUGGAGCCUGAUGACAGCGGGGGACAGGAUUGUGUCCAUAUAUGUCGUCAAGGGGUUUGGGGGGAUACCCCGUGUGGCGAAGUGUAUUCAUACAUUUGUGAAAAAGAUUAA